AUGCCCGAACAAUUUGCACCAUUGAAGAACGACCUCCUGCUGAGGGCCGCCAGAGGCGAGGAGGUCCCUCGUCCUCCGAUCUGGGUCAUGCGGCAAGCUGGUCGUUACCUCCCCGAAUACCACGAAGCGAAAGGCAAGCGCGACUUCUUCGAAUGCUGCCGCAGCCCCGAGAUUGCGUCCACAUUGACCCUCCAGCCCAUUGAGCGGUACGCCGGACUCAUCGAUGCCGCCAUCAUCUUCUCUGACAUCCUGGUGAUCCCCCAGGCUAUGGGCAUGCAGGUGGAGAUGGUCGACAAGAAGGGCCCGCACUUCCCGCAACCGCUGCAGUCGCCGGACGAUGGACAGUAUGAGAAGGUGAUGCAGAAGCAGGUGGACGUCAAGGCCGAGCUGGACUACGUCUACAAGGCCAUCACGCUCACCCGCCACAAGCUGGCCGGCCGUGUGCCCUUGAUCGGCUUCUGCGGAGCGCCCUGGACCCUGCUGUGCUACAUGGUCGAAGGUGGCGGUACGAAGCUCUUCGUUCAGUCGAAGAAGUGGAUCUACAGAUACGCCGAGGAGUCCAAGGCCCUGCUGCAGAAGAUCGCCGAGAUCUGUGUCGAGUACCUGGCGCUUCAGGUUGAGGCCGGCGCGCAGCUGGUGCAGGUGUUUGACUCCUGGGCUGGGGAGAUGUCGCCCGUGGCCUUCAGCCGCUUCUCUCUCCCGUAUCUGCGCUACAUCGCCCAGAAUCUCCCCAAGAAGUUGACGGAAAUGGGUCUGGAACCGGUCCCGAUGACGGUCUUCGCUAAGGGGGCUUGGUUCGCCUUGGAGGAUCUGUGCGAGUCGGGCUACAACGUUGUUGGUCUGGACUGGCUGCAUGAUCCCGCCGAGGCCAAGAAGAUCGCGAACGGUCGUGUGACGCUCCAGGGCAAUGCGGAUCCCGGUGUUCUUUACGGUACCCGUGAGGCCAUUACCGAGGCUGUGGAGACUAUGGUCCGCGGCUUCUGGCCGGGCAAGAAGGGCUGGAUUGCCAACUUGGGACACGGCAUUACUCCGUUCGUCAAUCCCGAUGACCUCAAAUUCUACUUCGAGGAGAUCCACCGCUUGACGGCGGCUUGA